UUCUGUCAGUGAGCAACAGUCUUACUGCAAAGCAGGAGCACAACCCGUCUCUUUGUCUCCGUGGUCAAAGCAAUUACUUCUUAGAAAGUCGGAUUUUUUCAGAAUGACCAUGUACAGGAGCAAACGCAGACAUCAGAGAUAUAUCAAUAUGGCAGGAGAACCCAAACCGUACAGACCAAAACCUGGAAACAAGAGGCCCCUUUCUGCACUUUAUAGACUUGAGUCAAAGGAGCCUUUCCUGUCUGUUGGUGGUUAUGUCUUUGACUAUGAUUACUACAGAGAAGAUUUCUACAAUCGGUUAUUCGACUACCACGGGCGUGUGCCUCCACCUCCCCGCACGGUGAUUCCGCUGAAGCGUCCCCGAGUGGCCGUCACUACGACGCGCAGGGGGAAAGGAGUCUUUUCCAUGAAAGGGGGCUCGAGAUCUACCGGCAGUGGGUCAUCUUCAUCAGGCUCUAAAUUGAAAUCAGAUGAGUUACAGACAAUCAAGAAAGAAUUAACCCAGAUCAAAACGAAAAUUGACUCCUUGCUGGGGCGCCUGGAGAAAAUUGAGAAGCAGCAGAAGGCGGAGGCAGAAGCUCAGAAGAAGCAAUUGGAAGAGAGUAUAGAGCUGAUCCAAGAUGAAUGUGUGUCAGAGAAUGCAGAUCACUCUACAGAGGAGCCUGCUGAAGGAGGGCCAGAUGCGGAUGGAGAAGAGAUGACUGAUGGGAUAGAGGAGGACUUCGAUGAAGAUGGGGGUCAUGAGCUGUUUCUACAGAUAAAGUGAUCUGAAGUAAUGAAUGAUGCCACAAAAGCAGAAGAGAGAAACUGUGACAACACCCAGAAAUGUGAAAGGAGGUUUCUUACUGGAUAGCAGCAUCUUUGGUUCAAUUUAUUAAAAAAAAUACCCAAAUAAAUAAAAUGGACAGUAUUGUUCAAUUUUAGAAAUUCCAUUUCUUCUAUGUUCUAAGCUAUAUAAUUGUCAGGUUUUUAUGGUUUAGAUUGUAAAUGUGUUUUCCCCUUUGCUAAUUAUGUUGUGUUUUUUUAAGUCUUAAAAGUCUUAAAAUGUGAAGGACAUUUAUGAACGGUAAGGGAGACACUGUAUACAAAUGUAUAUUUGUAAAAGCUAUUUUUAUGAUUAGCAUGUUUUACUGUUGAUCAUAUAUAAAGUCAGGUGAUAUUGCAAUUCUAUGUUUAAAGCUUAUUUCCAACAAUGUCAUGUAAGAAAAGAUACAUCGUAAGCUAGUUUUUAUAAUUUAUUUUAAUUUAUAGUUUAAAGUACUUCAGAUCAUAAUGAUAAAAUACUUGAAAAUGUUAUAUUUCUGCCCUUCAUAAGCACCAUUUUUAUUAAUAAAGAAUGCAAAUAUUUCAGAUGUGAUUCCAUAGCUAAAGGACUCUGUUGCUUUGACCUGUGAUUAAAUUGAGCAUUCUCUACUCAACUGAAACAAUCCAAUUAUUACCCAAUACUUCAGUCUGGGUAGGAGAUCCCAUGGACAGGUUUUAGUGUCAAUACAGGUGAAAACUAUAUUGGCAAGGAAAA